AUGUUAUCCGAGGAAGCUAAACACUGGUGGGAUAAUGCUCGCCAGAGAUUAGAAGUUGUUGGUGCUGAGAUCACUUGGGAUGUGUUUAAGGUGAAAUUACUUGAGAAGUAUUUUUCUGAAUAUGUGUGUAGCAAGAAUGAAAUUGAAUUUCUUGAGCUUAAGCAAGGAAACAUGAUGGUUGUUGAGUAUACCGCCAAGUUUGAGGAACUAGUGAAGUUGUACCCUCACUACAAUGGCACAGUUGUGGAGGGAUCAAAGUGCAUUAAGUUUGAGAACGGACUACGACCUGAGAUUAAGCAGGGUAUUGGCUACCAGGAGAUUCGCAUGUUUCCUACUCUAGUGAACAAGUGUAGGAUUUAUGAUGAGGACUGCAUGGCUCGUUCUGCUCAAUACAAGAGUGUUAAUGAGAGGAAUGGAAAGAAUCAAUUUAGGGGAAAAUGA